AUGGCUACCCCAGUAUAUAGACGUGGUUGCUUUAAUUUGGAUCUUAUUGAGACCGAACCACUGCAUUUAGCAGCAAAGAGUGGAGACACAAAUAAAGUAGAAUCCUUAUUGAGAGACGAAGUAGAGUGUGUUAACAAGAAGAAUGAGCUUGGUUUUACACCCUUGCAUGUGGCAGUGAAAUACAACAGGGAGAGUAUUGUGAGAUUACUGGUGAAUUCUGGUGCCUGUCCUAAUAUUGCAUCGCCGCAGGUUGGUUGGACGCCACUUCAUAUUGCGACUGUGAAUUUUAACAGUAAACUGGUGAAAUUCUUGUUGGACAGAAAAGCCAAUCCAUUAGUCAAAACAAAGUUUGGGGUUACCGCUCUGGAUAUUGCAGUAGCCUUUAAAUUCACGGUUGUCAUUUUCUUGAUAACGAAGAUCACUGUUUGUGUCAAUCGUUUAAUAGUAUCUGCUGUGUUGAAGGCAGGAGAGACUGGCUGGUUAAUUCGGACUGCAACUGUCAUCUAA